AUGAGCUUUUUGCGCUGCAACAGAGGUGUUCUGGGGGCCCUCAGGUCCUCUCGGCCUCAGAGGGUCAUCCCAACCAUCCCAUCGUCAAAAAUAUCAAUACCUCGACGGAGUUUUCAUCCUGCAUUACCCUUUUGGGCCAUAAAAUCUCAAAUAUUGAAGGAUGUGGGCGAAGGGAUCACCGAAGUCCAAAUAAUUCAGUGGUACGUCGAAGAAGGCGCUCACAUAGAAGAGUGGAAGCCACUGAAUGGUAUGCAUGUUCAUGUACAGUUGAAAGGCGAGGACAAUCCGCGUCUAACAUUAUGUUCUUCUCAGGCGCUCUGUGAUAUAGAAGUCGAAGAUGGCAAAUAUCCAGAUGAUCACACGCCUACUGAACCCAAACCCGAGCAAUUACAGCCAGACCCCGUUGCUGCAGAUACUCUUUCUGUACAGUCAACAGCAUCGACUCCGUUGCCCCCUUCACAGGCCAAUGAGACCACUGUUGAAGCCCCAAGGUCAAAGUAUGCCUCUCUCGCUACCCCAGCAGUCCGUGGGCUGCUGAAGACUUACAAUGUUGAUAUUCUUGACGUUAAAGGGACGGGGAAGGAUGGUCGUGUCCUUAAAGAAGACGUGAAUAGAUUUAUUGCCAUGCGCGACGCAUCAGCACAAGCGCGUUCUGUGGCACCUGCCAGUCAGCAAACAGAAACCACGGUUAACCUGACACCGAUCCAAUCACAAAUGUUCAAGACCAUGACCCGCUCUCUCACUAUCCCGCACUUCCUCUAUGCGGAUGAGCUCAAGAUCAACGACAUUACAGCUCUAAGGAAGAAGCUGGCAUCUGACCCCAAAGAUCCCAAAAAGGUCACCUUUCUCCCUUUCGUUAUCAAGGCUGUGUCCCUUGCUUUGAAUGAGUAUCCGCUUCUUAACGCUAAGGUGGACUUGAGCAUUCCUGAAAAGCCGAAACUAAUCAUGCGGCCGAAACAUAACAUCGGAGUUGCAUUGGAUACCCCACAGGGGUUGAUCGUUCCGAACAUCAAAGAUGUCGCAAACCGGACAAUUAUGGAAAUUGCAGCAGAAAUUAAGCGGCUAAGUGCACUGGGCAAAGAGGGUAAACUCACGCCCGCUGACUUGAGUGGUGGCACGAUAACUGUCUCAAACAUCGGCAACAUCGGCGGCACCUACGUUGGACCAGUGAUUGUACCAACUGAAGUGGCUAUUCUGGGGGUUGGAAAAUCAAGAACAGUACCAGUCUUUGAUGAUGCUGGGCAGGUCACCAAGGGCGAGCUAGUGAAUUUUAGUUGGAGUGCAGACCAUAGAGUUGUGGAUGGGGCCACUAUGGCAAGAAUGGCCAACAAGGUUCGCGAGUUUAUCGAGUCGCCAGAGUUGAUGCUCUUGAAUUUGAAAUAG